GUCACUCAUAAAUCAUCCUGUCAUAAAAAUAAUUCCAAAUUAUCAGUGUUAAAAAAGCAACAAAAAAACCUAAAAAAUGAACGACCAACUCAUGGCCAGAAAGCGCAUCAUCCAGCUGGAAUCGCAAAACAACAAAUUCCGAAAUUUGCUGCAAUCGGCCGUCGAGUUGAUUGACAAGGAGAAAACGAGCUCGAUGAACGUAAACACUGACGCUCCAAUCAUCCAGCGAACCAUCGAAGACUUGGAAAAGGAAAAGUCGCACGUGGAAAACGAGCUGCACACAGUGGUGGAGGUGAGCGGUCAGCCGCCGGAAGUUCUGGAAAGACUGAACACCCUGGAAAGGGACAAUUUAGACUUGAGAUCGCAGCUAAGUGAAACCUUAUUGAACUGCAAGCGGUUGAUAGCAGGGGUGUACAGACUGAACGAGGCGAAUUCGGACUUAAUCAAAAUCAUCGGGGAUUUGGAGAGGGAGAAGCAAAAGUUGAUGAGCGAGUUGAACAACUUACACCAGUUGACCGAUAAUGAACCGGAUAAGCAGUUCUCGCAGGAGAGCUUAAAGUUGCACCUAAAAAUAUUGGAGCUUGACGAGCAAAAGGCCAAACUGCAGAAAGAUUUGCAGAAGAGUAAGGGGUCCAAGUCCAAUUUGAGUCGUACAGGGUCGGCUCAGGAGGACCCUACAAUGCCACUGAAAAAUAUUAUACCCAGCAACAUGCAUUUUGGCACCCUUUUAACUGAUGUCGAUAGAACUAGUGAUGUUAGCUCGCUGAACGAUUUAACCGGCCAGAAGAAUAACCUGAUGCAGAUGGAUAAUACCUCCCAGAAGAUUGACAACGUGCAGACAACCGAAACUUCCGUGAUUGAAAACGAUGGUAAUGCAUACCCUUCUCAGUUAAAUUUCCCACUGUUUGUUCCUGAAAACAUUACAAGUCAACUCAACACGAACAGUAAUACUAUGCCGACUUCCGAGACAAUACCCAGUAUGUACACGACGGUCCCUACAACUUAUAACGUGGACCAGGAGAGUAAUGAGCCACAGGCGCCGCCACAAAGCGACGUCGAUAACGCGGUCCUUUUCAAUUCCUCCAACUUCGUAUCGAAUUCCGAUUCCGAGGCUAAUUUAGACCAAAAGAUCGCUCAGUUCGAAAAUAAAUUGCGGGAUAAUAUAAGCAACAUAACAGACGAAGGUGCCGCCUCGCCCGAAGAAGAUCGAAAAGAGCCGGAAGCGGCCGAAAAAGAGGAAAAGGAGCCGGAAGCCUCUUCCAUGUUCGAUCCUAAAAAUAUUCCUUUGAUUCGCAGCCUGAACGCCCGUGUUAGGGGCACUCCCAACGAGGAAAACCCUAACACCACCAAAACCGAUCAAAAUGCUAAUGAUAAGUCCCGAUUAGCCAAGCUGUUCAACGGCAGCAUCCCCAUAGUGCUCGACUCGCUCAAGCAGCAUUAUUUCAUCGACAGAGACGGCGGCAUGUUUCGGCACAUUUUGAACUUUAUGCGGAACUCUCGACUGCUAAUUCCGGACGACUUCACUGACCUGGACCUGUUGUUGGAAGAAGCGCGCUACUUUGACAUUGCCCCGAUGAUCAGGCAGCUGGAGCAGCUGAAGAAGGAUCGCAUCAAGAACGGCGCCGUCGUAUCCUCAAGCUGCAUGAAAUCCCUUUCCGGCGGUCAGAUGGGCCGGUCACGCUCGACCGAGCACUCCAGGCAGCUGGGACAGGAGCUGUUCGAAUGCGUGGCCCUGCACGUCAGCCCUGACCUGGGCGAGAGAAUAAUGCUGUCAGGCAACAGAUCGCUUCUGGAUGAGGUGUUCCCCGAGACCAACCAAGCGGUCAUGGACGCCAGGUCGGGGGUGGCCUGGAACCAGCAGGAUGCCCACCACGUGAUCAGGUUCCCUCUCAACGGCUACUGCAAGCUGAAUUCAAUGCAGGUGGUCACCAGACUGCUGAACGCGGGGUUCCACAUCGCUGCCAGUAACGGGGGCGGAGUGGAGGGCCAGCAGUUUUCCGAGUACCUAUUCAUAAGGAAGAUUCUUCCGGGCUGAUGCCGAUCUCGGGUUUCUCAAGGACAAUCGCGAGUUUGUAUGUUAAGUUUUUAGAUAAAUUUGCCGUUGCAGACGAUGCAACUUGUUGAUGCGAUGUCUGCAAAAAUGUACGCUUUUAUCUCGGAAGUUUACUCGAUUGUUAUAUUGCCAGUUGAUUUAAUGCUAUUGUAUAUAACAUUUAUAUUAUUAUUUUCACAGUCAGUUGGUUGAUCUCUAUGGCACGCCUCUUUAGCAUUUAUUAGAUAAUUGUUUAAAGAUUAAAGUUUAGCACUUUAAAGAAAUUUACAACUGUAAAACAUUAAUCUUAAAAAUAUUGAUUCUUAUUAGUAUAUAUACGCCAUGCCGUCCUUAAUUUACUUAUUUACAAUAAGCG